AAAGCAGAGUGACACCGCAUGCAAACCACGUGCCUUACCCCGCAUCGUCCUCUUCCACGAUGUCGAUAGUUACAAUCCGCAAUGUCGAGUUCUUUAACAAUCCAGCAAGAUUCUUGGAUCCUUAUCACUUUCGCGUCACUUUUGAGUGCAUAGCGCCUCUCAAAGACGAUCUAGAAUGGAAGCUCAUCUAUGUAUCUUCACCAGGGAAUGAAGAAUUAGACCAAGAACUAGACGACUGCCUCGUAGGUCCAGUCCCAGUCGGCGUAAACUCUUUCGAGUUCGAGGGUCUCGCUCCUGAUCCCGCGAAAAUACCAACAGAGGACGUCCUGGGCGUCGCUGCUCUUAUCCUCACAGGAUCCUAUCGUGAUCAAGAGUUUGUACGCGUUGGGUACUAUCAGAACACAGAGUACGAUAACGAGGACAUGAAAGCCACUCCUCCGGAGAAAAUUCAGUUUGAUAGACUUGUACGCGAUAUAAGCACAAAACUACGCGUCACCCGCUUUCAAAUCAAGUGGGACGUCGUGCCACAAUCACAAGGUUACGCCGCUGCAGGCGCUGCAGCAUCAGCCGCCGUUCCCUCUGCAAACGACCUAGAUGGUGCAAACGACCUGGAUGGUGAUGAUGCGAAUCGUAGUACUUAG